AUGGGAGGUCGCUGGGUGGGAACUGGGAGCGAGCGGCCGGCGCUGGGAGUGGAGCGAGUCGCUGGGGUGACAGCGCCGAGCCGGGGGGAGAGCGCGGGGCCGCCGCCGCCGCCGCCCAGCACAAAGCCGGUGCAUGAAAAAGCAACUUCCCUGAAGAGCUCUGAGCUCAUGCACAGCCAGGAGAAACUGGAGGCGUCUCAUAAGGAGAAAAGCUUGGAUGCCCUGGAUGGCAGUUUGCAGCUGAAUGAAGCUCUGAAGGAUGAAGAAAUAAAGAAAUGUCUCAGAGAAGCGAUACCAAAUAAAUACAACUUGCAGUACCACAAGCUGUUCAAGGACAUCCCCACAGAGGAGAGUGUCUUGAAAGUCUGCUCCUGUGCGCUCCAGAGAGACAUCCUCAUCCAGGGGCGGCUCUACAUCUCCCCCAACUGGCUCUGCUUCUAUGCAAAACUCUUCGGGAAGGACAUCAAGGUGGUUAUCCCAGUGGUCUCGGUUCAAUUGAUAAAAAAGCACAAAACAGCCCGGCUGCUGCCCAAUGGGCUGGCUAUCACCACCAAUGCCAGCAGAAAGUACAUCUUUGUGUCCUUGAUCUCUCGAGACAGCGUGUAUGAUGUGCUGAGGAGAGUCUGCACGCAUCUACAGGUUUCAAGUAAGAAGAGUUUGAGUUUGAAAGAAUUCACAGAGGAACCUGAUUCCGUAUCCCUGGAGGUGAUCGUCCCAGAAGUGAAGUGGAGGAAGGUUUCCCCAGCAUCUCUCUCCCUAUCUCUCCCAGAUGCAGACUAUCAGUGCAUUCACCGAGCGUCCAUCAGCAGCCUCAGCACCAAGGACAGCUCUUUUAAUUCUGAGGAGCCCCUGGUAUCAGAAAGUGCAAUAAACACAGAAGAGGAGGAAUUGGAGGAGGAACCAAACUAUGUAGCAGAGCUGAGACUAUCUGAUUAUCAGCUCUUGAAAAUCUUCAUUGUACUGAUCUGCCUCCUGGUUGUGUCCUCAUCAUAUCUGGCAUUCCGGAUCUUCCGUCUGGAGCAGCAGCUCUGCUCUCUGAAUCGGGACUACCUCUCACGUGGACACCGGAGGUGACGGUUGCCCCGGAGCUGUGGCUCACAAUGGACCUUGACAGGAAAAUAGCACUUUGUGUACAGAUCUCCAGGGCGUUCUGCUGGAGAGACUCCUGCUCAAGCAGGGACAGACUGUCAGUAUAACCCUAGCUGCUGCCAGCAGGAUUCCCCUUCUUUUCAAUUGGCGAGAGCCCGGUGCUAGUGCAACGACAUGUUCUUCAAGAGGCCUUGGCUUUGGCCCAGACGCACGGUGCCCAGAGCUGCAUCACCAUAGUAGCGGGAGACUCUAGCACUAUGACACCAGCAUUGGGCCGUCGUCGCAUCCAUCGGACGGUGGCACACCAGACUACAGGACAACCGUGGACCUCAGUUAAGUGAGAAAUCCCGGGAGCAGAGACUGACCCUCCCUACGGAGCUCAGGAUUGGGGACACAGCUGAGGCAUGUUCUGUUCUCCCAGAACACACAUCCCACACUCAGCUAGUUCUCCUCAGGAUGGAUUUCCUCUUGCCCUUUGGGGUUUCCACAUUACUCUUCCACACUGAACCUUGGCCUAGCCAGGUCCUGAAUGCAUCUCUGCUUAGGUGCCAGUGUUCAUACUCAGGCAAUAGCUCAGUUACUGUAGUUGUCAUAACAACUUUCAGUGUAAAAAUUACAGCUCCAGUGAAAUGCCAGACAGGAGUUAGAGUGCUCCUGGCCCGAUACCUGCCAAAGUUUGGUUCUUCGGGUGGCAAUAGCAGUUUGGUUAUUAGUGUUAGUUGUGGGGAUUCUUGUGCAACUCAUAUCCCCUGUGAGGCUAGCGUGUGCAGCAUAGAUCAUGUUUAACCGCCCCAUGUCCCUUCCAAAACGUACCCCGGUCCCUGUGCCAGCGUUCCUUCAGGGCGGAAGAGAGGUGAAAAUAAAGGGAUGAGGUGGCUCGCUAACCCCAAAGCCCAGCCCUAUCCAGCGCUGUGCAGAGUAUGUGCCAUACUGUAAUAAUACACUCGGUCAUGCUGGGCAAUCCAGGGAAAGGGCAGCUUGCCCAUCCGCAAGCAGAUGCAAGCAAGGCCGACCUGCACUGGGUAGGGUUCAGCAGUGGGGAGAUGAACAGGCUAUAAUUAGACCCCCUCAUUUGGCUCCUUGAGGAGGCCAGAGGAAGAGUUUGGAGCAAGAUUCAGGAGGGCUGUUUGAAAGGCAUCUGCACUUUAAAGGCAAUACAGAAUUUGGCCAGUAACCAGCAGUGCUGAGUCCAAACUUGGAGUGACGGUUGUCUGAUGGUGGUGCCAGGCACACUAUGCUCUCCACAUGAGGCUCCUCAGCACCCUAAGUUUCUAACCACAGGAGAGGGCUGUAUGGGAGCACCCCCAAAGGAGAGUUGAGAGGUGGGCCUGCAGCUGGCCCUUGGGCGGUGGUCUGUAGUAGGAUGUAGCCCUGCUGCGAUCAGGAACCAGUGAACACCUUAGAUGGAGCAGGAGGAAUAGCUGUGUCUAUGUUUCCCUUGAAGCUCUGUGUCGUCAAUAUCUAAAUGAAACUUCCAGUGCUCUUUGGUCUGAUGCUGCGCCAUCCCUGGGGGGGUGCAGGGACUGAGCAGAAACCCUGCUGCACAUGGGGGACAAUGGAGCUGUGGGGGAUGGGAUGGGAGGCAUGAGUGCCAUGCUGGAAGAGGCUGAGCUCAUGAACAUUUAAAAGCCUGGCUGGGCUGAUGCAUAUUAAGAGUCCAGCCUGCAUAGUGUUCUAGAAGCAGCUCUCAUACAGCCACUGUAACUAUGCACUUUAGGAGCCUGAUCCAAAGUCAAUGGAAAGACUUCCAUUGGCUCCAGCGGGCAUUGGAUCAGCCCCUCAUGCUAAAUAAAGCCGUCUCUGCAUCGCUCACGUGUGUGAAGCGCUUUGGGAUCUGUGGAGCGAAAGGUGGGAGACGGACACAAUAUGGUGUAAGCGGCACCAGGAUGCAGCACUUGCCUCGCACCAGCAAGCAGCUCGUGUAACUGGCGUCAGGGUGCUCGGGACUCCCUCAGUGAGUCGUUCCAGAAGGGAUGCGCCCAGCAGUUGUGCGCAGGCUGCUGGAGCGUGGCUGUGCUGCCAGCAAUACUCACCAAUCCCCUCUUCUCCGGUGUGUGUGCGCAUCAGGCAUCUGGUCUUUGGGUUGAUUGUGUUUGAAAGCACUGCUAAAACGAAGUGCCACAUCACCUGUGAGCUGUGCAGGGAGCUGUGUCUUGCCUUCGCUGUUCCCCACCCCCGUCCCCAUCCCCCGCUUCCCAUCCUGCCCCGGCAGCCGACCUUACAAAGGAGAGGAGCGGAGCACAGCUAGCAAGGAGGGCGUGAGGAUUGGCCGGAGCGCAACAAAGUGCCAGGAAAUGCUGCUUUAUGCCAGGGAUCAUUUCUGGGGGGCAUGGUCUGACUCACUGUCUUGCACAAAUGACAACUCAGCUUUUUGGAGUACGAAUCUCUUUCAGUGUUUAACAAAAAACCCCUCCAGUGACGUUAACCCAUGCUCCUGGGGAUGAGGUCCCAGCGAGCAGUGGGCUCGCUUUGCAGAUAGCACUCUGCUCCUCCAUCGCUGGAACUGUUUGCCUGUGAAUUGGCCAUCAAAAUUCCUCUUGCACAUUUGCCUGGGUAGGACUGCUUCUGGCUUUCGCCCCAUCCCCUAUAAACACUGACAUCAGGACCCCUGCAGCUAGCGGAGGUGCAUGUUGACCGUGUUAGCCACAGCCCUUGAAAUGUGGCGGUAGUGCUGGCAGCUUCCUGACAGCAGCAGGAUGCCUGGGGGAGAGAGAGGGCUGCAGUGGCACUGCAGUGUUGCAUGGUGCCAUCCAGGGAGAAGCACUGUGAUGCUGACUCCUGCUUCAAAGCACAGCACUUGCAGAGCUGCGGAAGGGUCUCUGCAGGCGGCGGCAGGACCUGCAGAAGAAGAAUGACAUGCUCCAUGGCCUAACCUCGGUGUCUGGGCUGAGCUCAUUCAACUGCCAUUAACCUAACCAUUGCUGCAGGGUCAGCAGCUACUUCUGCUCCAUUGCCAUCAGCUCAGGCUAAGCAGGGCUCCUGCAGCAGGAUUCAAACACUCCCCUCUGGAGGGGUAGGACCAUAUGACGAGCUUAUUGAAGACUUGGGAUCUGUUUGAGUAGCAUGCUUGUCCCAAGGCCUUUGUUAGGGGAGGGCAGUGCAGCGCAGAACUAGGGGUGCCAUCGUGUGUUCUGUCACAGCUAGCUGGGGGCUAGCGUGGUGCGUGGGGCUGGGACUCCACUCGUCGCUGCGCAGAGAGAGGUUUCCAAGCACUAGCAUUUGAAGGUAACCUAGGAUUUGGGGGCUCUCCUGAUCCCCCUCCCAUUGCAGCUGUUUUCCACUGAAAGAACCGAUAAUGUAGUAUCCUAUAUAGGUUUUUAUACCCCACUCCUCACCAUAGUCUGUGGGCACCUUCCAGUUGGGCAUUAAGCAAUGUGACUAUGCAUCUGCCCCGUGUUUGUUCUCUUAUCCUCGCCCCAGAGGGAGCAGCACGUGCAGGGGAAUGUCUUGUUUUGGUAGGGGUGUUUUUAAUCUUAUUUUUAUUAAAUAAAUACACCAGUUGCAGAAUGGACAUCAAAGAAACACACCUUGCACUUGGAGCAGAGAGAGGCAAGGUUUGUGGUAGCCCUUUGUCCUGGCUGGGGGAGUUCAUUACACAGGCUCUGAUUGCCCCUGGAGAAAGGUUUGUCUCCCGCAAAGAUGAGCUUUACUCUUGUAAUGGUUCCAUUGUGACAGAGGAGCAAAGUUGUCAACCAAGGUCUUCAUCCCAGAGCUUAAAUGGUUUUUUAGAUACCCUGGCACAGUCCAUUGAAUGCUUUGAAGAUAAGGACUGAGCCUUGAACUUGAGUGGAAAUGCUAGGGGAGCCAGCAUAGAGAGCAGAGGACAGGUGCUCGCAGCAGCCUGUGGUGCUGAGAUGUGCUGCAGUGUUCUGUACUUGUUUGAGUUCCCUAAGCACUGCAGGUUUCAUGCCCAGGUAUAUUGCAUUGCUGCAGGCCAGCUGAGCGGUGAUGAAGGUGUGAAUAACUGAGGCCAGGACUGAUGGGAUGGUGUCUCCUAGCCAGCCAGAGGUGGUGAAAAGUGUUACAACCAUUGUGACAUGCAAGCUUGUUGUCAGUGAGGAGUCCAGGAGUACUCCUAAGUCGAUGGACUGAAAUUGACCAAUUGUGGGUGUGAACUUCAGCCAAACGAGACUCCACCAUGGCUGAAAACUCUUCAAAAUAUGUUCCCCCACCCUCCAGCAUCACCUCUGUUUUUCUUGGGUUUAGCAUCAACCAGCUGUUCUUCAUCCAUGAGCUGAUUUCAUCCAAGCAUUGAGUCGUCUUGGUGGUAGGCGUGUGUUCGUAUGUAGUGAACAAUAGGUAGAGCUGUGUGUCAUCGGCAUAUUGUUGGCACUUGAGUCCAUGUCAUCUGACCAGUUCACCGAGCAAAAGGGACCAGUGAGGGAAUUGAUCCUUGUGGAAACCCAAAGUGAGGGGGUCUAGUGGUAGAGGUGCAGUUGUCCAUCUCUGCUCUUUGGGUAUGUUCGUACAGGAAGGACUCGGGCCAUUUUACCUCAUUACCCUGGACUACUGUCCUCUCUCUCAGGCCAGACAGCAUAUUUCGCGGUCAUCCGUGUUGAACACUGUAGAAAGGCUCAGGAGGAGGAGAAUGGCUGUCUGCCCACUGACAGCAAGAGAUCACCCAUCAGUGCCACUAGGCCAGUUUCAUUUCUGUGUCCUGGCCUGAAUCCACAUUGUACAAGGUCUAGAAUGUUAACUUCAGUUAGAUGAGCUCGUAGUUGGCCUUUUGCUAGCUUCUCUGUGAGCUCAGGAACAGGAGGUUUGACACUGGGCUAGGACUGAACUAAAUUCAGACUGGAGGCUUUUCUAGCUGCAAUUUAGCCUUCAGUUGUCAUCCAGUCAUUCCAUUUUUACUUUUCUAGCUGCAGUUUAUUGUUCCAUUUUCUAGCUGCAAUUUUUUGUCCUUCUCCCCUCCAGUGUUGUUGUCACUAAAAUGGAGAGCUCUAAGCUGGGAUGCCAGAGCUACUCCAGCAGGAGAAUAGGACUUUAUUUCUUCUUUACAUCCCUUUCUACAGCCCUUUCCAGUAUACCUCUGAAUGCCACGUGCUAGCUGCCAGUCACGGGUUUGCUCAGAUCCUCUGGGAGAUGGGACAUAAGCACACAAUCCUUUAGAAUUUUAUAACGGUAUUUAUUAUUUUUAGAGAGUCGGGAAAUGUAUCCCAAUGCAAUAACCCAGAAAUGAGCAAAUAUUAAAGCUCUCAGUGAUGGGCCAAUAACUUCCCAAGACCUCAUCUUCCUGAGCUGGGAUGCAAGGAGAAGAAUAGGGACCAUCCCAUGAGCUGUGUGACUGGGAGACGAGAAAGGUCUGCUGGGGCCCUUUGAACAGUCCUCAUAACUGCAUGUUCACGCCCUAUCUCCUAGUGACUGGAUUGCGCACUCCAGUAGCUAGUCUCUGAGGGUGUCUCUACACUGCAAUUAACCCACAGCUGCACUGUGCCUGCUGACUCGGGCUUAGGGGCUGUUUAACUGUGGUGUAGAUGUCCAGGCUCAUGCAGCAGUCUGGGUUCUGGGAUCCUGCGAGCUGGGAGGGUCCAAGAGCCUGGGCUGCACCUUGAGCCUGAAUGUCUACAUGGCAAUUAAACAGGCCUGCAGCUGAGCCUCAGGAGCCCAAGUCGGCUGGCACAGGUCAGCUGCAGGUGUCAAAUGGCAGUGUGGACACACCCUGAAAGGCUCAGCAGGUGGAUCAGCCAUUAUGUGGGGCAGCAAUAGCUUUGUAAUGGAUAAAUAGGGUGUGGGCACUGAGGUGUUCAGUGUGUGCGCUGGCUAACAGAUUCUGCCACUUGCUUUAGCUUUGCACCAAGCAGCCGUUCUUCGCCCCUUUUCAGACUGUUGCUGAACCUGAUCCUGUUUUGAUGUCUGCCUGUUGCCGAUGUUAAAUACUGUGGUUAGUGAAGGACUCCUGUAAAUUGGCCAGGUGCAGUAGUAGGUAGGUUUGCCAUCCCCUGACGCACGAGGAAUCUUGGCUGCUCGUGGAGACAGGAUACUGGACUCUGAUCUAAUCCUGUGUCCCUGAGGAAGCUCUUGGUCCUGCUAUUGCACUCUGUGUCUUGGGUGUUUUGUUUUGGGGAGGAGGAGAACAUUUGCAAUCCACUAGUGAAACGAGUGUCCCUGAUCUGCCAUGACGCUCUUCUUACCCUGAGUUGCGUCCUCCAACCAGCAGCUGCAAGGCAUUGCAGACAAAAGAGCAGCCUGGUUUCUGUAAGCCCCCAGAUAGAUCACAGUGAAAUCACUGAGGCAUUUUACCUACCUCCACCACCCAAGACUGGCCCUCUCCCACUGAAGUAUUAAUGUCAAUGAGUGCAGCAGCAGGCAGUCAGACGGGCUGUAACCUCAACCAAGGAGGAAAUGCCGUUCAGAACCGCCAGCGUGGUCAGGCUGAAGUGAAAAUGACAAGACCUGGGGUAGGAAUGGCCCUGUAGAUGUCACAAUCCUGUAGCAUGGGGGAGGAUUCCAUUCAGACACACCACUCUCCCUCCUAGGAGGCUGGGGACAAAGGCUGGAGCCAUUCGUGGUCCUUGUGGCCAAAGGAAGGGGAGGAGCCAGGGUGGAGCUAAUGAUGCUGUCAUGAAGCUCGUUUUGAGGACCUGGGACUGUCAUAGAAUAUCAUAGAAUAUCAGGGUUGGAAGGGACCCCAGAAGGUCAUCUAGUCCAACCCCCGAUGUCCCAGUCCCUUGUCUGGAGCCACGUCUUGCUGCGCCAAUCACUUGUACAGUAUUUUUGAGAGUCGCAUGCAAUCUUGGUGCGAUUUUACCCAUACUCUUCACUCCAGCCUGCCCGAGGAGUGUGUGUUGACGCAGCACCACAGCUGAGAACUUUAAGUACUGAUGCAUCAAUGACUGCGGAAAGCAGCUGAAGUUGGUGCAUGCACAGCCCAGCCUUGCUGCUUCUAUUUUUAUCUCUGUUGUAAUCCAGAAGUCUUUAUAUAGAUCCAGUGAAUGGUUCAUGUCCUUCUCCCCCCCACCCCUCCAAUUGCAUAACUACACCUGUUGGCCAGCGGUUGACAUCUGGGGCAUAGAUGCUGUCUUGCUGUAGCCUGUGAACAUAUUUUAAAUAAAAACCAACAUUUUCUAA